GCUUCAUUGUGGUUGGACUAUCAAACAUCAUGGAAGCCGCCUUCAGCACGCUAUCUUCAGCUGUAAAUGAAAGUACUCCUGUAGCAGCUCAGGAUGACGAAGCUGGGAAGGCUAUCGAAAAUACAAGAAAUGUCACCAUGGCUACCCUGCAAGCCCUGGAAGAGUUGGAGACGGCCGUCCUGCAGAACAGGGUCCCUGGUGAAGAGAGCAUGGUGAUAAGAACAGAAGCGGUGUCCUUGAUCCUCCAGAGGCAAGAGAGAUGGGAGGUGGCAUCCAAGGUCAAGGAGAGCGAGGCCAGGACUUCCCACUUCCAGCUUCCAAGCGAUGCACUGGAUGACGGAGAGGAAUCAAGCUUUGAUGACAUUGUGGACAGCCAUGUAUCAUGA